CAGCGAGCCGACCACCCAGCCUGUCUGGCUUGUGGGGAGCCGCACGGGUGAUACCGACUAGCCGGCGGGGCGGGAAGCGGAGACGCUGGGCCGGCGGUACCCCCCACCCCCCUCGCUCCUACCGGAAGAUGCAUCGAUGGAGCUGGGAGCUGGCAGACUUCCAAUGACAAGAGGGAGACCGCAGAUGCCGGAACGACGCGCAGAAAGCUAGAUGGACCCAGCGGGUCGAGCAGCAUCUGUGGAGGCGAAAGGGGGCAGUGGACAUUUGGGGCUGAGGUUCCGCUAUUGUUGUAGGGUCUGGACUUGUACCUUCUUCCUCCGCAGAUGCUGAAUCCUGCGAGCCAGAUUACACGCCAAGAGACUUCACAAAACAGUGGGAUUUUUAAAUUCCAGUUCUUCGCAACCGCUGAUGUCCGAUCCGCGCUCACGUCUCAGUUGGUAGAUCUGGAUCGUUUGUAUCCCACUUGAAAUUACGCUAGCACGUUGUUUUAAUUGAAGCGAGCCUACCUCGCCCUCCUCCGGGGACCCAUCCGAGGAUCCGGGCCCGACGUGGCCGGUUCUUUUCUCGCCUCGCCUUUGGUUCUGAAAGCUGGUCGCCCUUGGCGGCCAAUCGCUCCGUCCGGGUGCCGGGCACGGGGCGGCGCGGAGCUGUGGAGGCGCCCUCGUCGUUUCCCCCCUCAAAUGUAGCUUGACGGAGUGUGGAUAUUAUCAAGCUCGGGGUGUUUCAGCCUGCUCGGCACAUUCCUCGAGGACACUCUCUCUGCAACGAUCCGCACCCGUCGUCUUGUCAACUUUCAAACACACGCAAAAUGCUGACUGGUUCGGGGCUUCACUCGCACGCAGAACGGCGGGUCACUGUUUCAAUUCCAUGCAUUUGAUGCUGUACAGAAAGUACCUCCCCGAUGCUUAAAUCGACCUCCGUGAGAUUCAGAAUGUCUACAAACCCUUUAUCAGACGCCGUGUCCGGUUUACAGUUCCGGAGGAAAUUUACAAAUGCUUUUAAUCUGCAUGCAUUCAAAUGACCAACACGAUGGGAGCAGUAACGGGACCCCCCGACUGCCGCAGCUGGGGGCAGUUACCCAACACCUGUAUUCCUCGGCACCUCCCCUCUCUCACACCCCGAGCUCCGACUUCCAGCCGCCCUAUUUCCCCCCUCCGUAUCAGCCCCUGACCUACACCCAGUCCUCGGAGCACUACCCUCACCUGAGCGACCCCUACUCCCUCAACGUCCUGCACCACCACCACCAGCAGCAGCCGCAGGCGGGCUGGCCGGGUCGUCAGAGUCAGGAGACGGCGCUUGCCCAUCAGCAGCGGGUAGGGGCUGCCGCUCAGCUCUCGGCACUGGAGCCCAGGAGGGAGAUCCGCCGCCCGGACAUCCUCAUCCCGGGGAGUCACCACAUGGACACAGCCCUGGCAGAAAACCUCAACAUGCACGAUGUGGUUCACACAAUGGAGGAAGUGUCGCACGCUGAAGACCCGAGCAUGCUCGUCCAGGACCAAGGAGUGAUCAGGAAAGGUCCGGUGACAAUAUCCAGAGGCACAGCACUGUCGGCACUCUCCUACCAGAAGGAUGGUUUGAUUGGCGGCGUUACAAACCUCAACGAGGUGUUUUGCUCGGUUCCUGGCCGGCUCUCUCUCCUGAGCUCCACGUCCAAAUACAAGGUGACGGUGGCAGAGGUCCAGAGGCGCCUGUCCCCACCCGAGUGUCUCAAUGCCUCCCUUCUUGGGGGAGUCCUGCGGAGGGCGAAGUCAAAAAAUGGAGGAAGGUCGUUACGAGAGAGGCUGGACAAGAUAGGUUUAAACCUUCCUGCCGGGAGACGGAAAGCUGCCAAUGUGACCCUACUGACCUCUCUGGUGGAAGGUGAAGCUGUGCACCUUGCCCGUGACUUUGGUUAUGUGUGCGAGACGGAAUUCCCUGCAAAAGCAGCUGCAGAGUACCUGACCCGACAACAUAUAGACCGGAAUGAGAUCGCCAGCCGGAAAAACAUGCUCCUUGCAGCCAAGCAAAUCUUUAAAGAGUUCACCGACAUGCUGACCCAGGACCGGUCACCCUUGGGAAAUGCCCGGCCCGGUCCAAUCCUGGAGCCUGAAAUCCAGAGCUGCCUGACCCACUUCAGCCUCAUCACGCACGGUUUCGGGAGCCCAGCCAUAUGCGCCGCCAUGUCCUCACUGCAGAAUUACCUGAAUGAAGCGGUGAAAGCCCUGGACAAAAUGUACAUGACCACCAACAAUGGCCAGAAUGCCCAGGAUAACUCCAAUAAAACUGUGGACAAAGAUGAGAAGCACAGAAAAUGAGCUGCUGGCUAUGAAUCUGUGGACUUUACUCCUCCUCCUCCCCUUCUUUGCCUCUGGGACAACCCGAACUUCCUCAAACCAGCAACAGCGAUGGCACCCAAUGGCCAGGAGCUGUAUUGGACCUCCUGCUAAUUGUGAUUUGCAGGACUGCAGAUAUGCACUAUGCCCACAUGAUCAACCAUUUUAUUCACAUUCCAAGUAUCAAACCCGUCUGGCACCCCCACCAUCAUGAGACUCUGGGCCCGUGGCCACUUUUGAUCAAUGGAACGAUCUUGCUUCCAUUGCCAGAAAGCUCAUGAAAGGCCACAGCCCCAAGGUAUGUUCUACUUCAGGCCCACUCCCAAGGAAGGCUCCAUCGCACUGUAUACCCCAAGUGAUGGCACCAAACUUCCUCCUGUGGUUUCGGCCAUGUCGGAUGGAUUGGGGAGAGGGAGCGGGGUGGCUCUACAGGGGAAGAGAAGGGAAGAAGCCACUGGGCUACGAUGAAGCCAUAAGUUGUUUAGUUUUACAGGGCCCUUUCACUUGCACUGUAGCUGGCAUGACUGUCUCCCAGUAACACCCCCUUAUGAUUUUUGCCCAGAUGAUGAUGAUGAUCAGAGAGAUUCCCAGCUCUGCUAACAUCAGGGACAACAGGAUAGAGACCUUGAGGAAGAUGGGAAGAUGCAUCUGGUUAGGUGUCACGUUGUUUAAAGAGGGCACGUGGUCACCAGAUCUGACUGCGUUAUCAAUGGUCAGAGGCUCCCCUGUCUGUCUCUGGGACUAGGGCCCAGAAAGCUGACACUCGCACUUUGCUGAACAUCACCAUCUUAGACACAUGUAGUUGCUGACACAUAGGGGCUCCCCAACAGGCUUCACUUAACUUUAAAUAGCCCAGUACUAAUCAGCAGUGGAAACCAACUUAUACUUUGAGCAGUUCAAUCCCAGCUCCUAUUAAAUGUGCAGAUUCAAUCUGCAGUCUAAUCAGGUGAGGAAGGACGGUUUUUAAGUCAGUGCUUUCUUGGACCUCUUCUGUUCAUUGCACACCACUGGGUUUGAACAAUCCCUUUGGACAACCUACUGCUGGGCUUUAUUCAGGGACUUGCAACUCAACUGUGUGCUCAGAGCACAUUUCCGACGUCCAUCAUUUUCAAACUGGGAUUCGAAACGGGUGCUGUACAAAUAUAAACUCCCUUCAGCUCCAUUCAAUUACAAAGCCAUUUUUGGUUGGAAUCCUUCAGAACGAAUCAAAUUCAUUGUUUUUAAACAAAGUUUAUUGAUUGAUUUGAAAAGCUCAGCCUAGGCCAGGGUGGGAAGUGUAUGUGCACUGGCAGGGUAGCUGUCACCAUACAGCACUGACGAUGGCUCAUUGAAUGUCACACCUCGAGCUCUCCUGCUAGGAUUGCAAGGUGGGUUCGACCUUUUUAAGUAACUCUUGUUCCACAGGUGGAGCAGGCUUGGAAUUUUUUUUAAAAAAGUCAGCGUGUUUGAGCUAGAAAGUGCAGGUGAAAUUAUCCAUAAGAAAGAGCAGUACUUGAGAAUGAGGCUUUAACCUAUUUACGUAAACGGGUCAGAGCAGUCUGGUGAAUACAGCCAACUGAGGAAUACUACACCAGCAUGUGUAUCAUUUGUCUGCUCAUGGUUAAUAGGGUUUUCCUGCCAUUUUAUAAUGUGUGUAACUGAUUUUCAUAAUGACUUCUGUUCAGUCUGCUGCUAAAUCUUAAGUUCUGCUAUUAAACCUGCAAGACCAAGUGAUCCUUCAGCACUGGAAGAAUGGCUGCUGCUGACGCACAGACUGCGAGGGGAUUGUAGCCAAAUGUCCUCUUGCCUGCUGAUCCGGCUGCUCAUCUGAACUUUGUCUAGAGGAGACCUUGAACUGGAGGACUGAAUUAAAGCUUUGUCUAAAAAUUCCCCUUGGCUGUUGUGGUGGAGCUCACCUUAAAGGGAAUUAACACCUUUAAUCCGAAGGCCAAGCAUCUGAAAGUAUCUCACGAAGAGCCUUGCUCCAGUUUGGUUUCAAACCUGGCUGACCAUUUAAGGCUUACAAUGGCCAUUGCAAUCCUUAGGCACGCUGAUGCCCACAGUCCAGGCCUGGGAAGCACGUCAGACACUCCCGUAUCAGCUCUGAUCAAGGUGCUGACUGACCUGUGACAAUUCGAACGAAAAGCUAUGGGUGAAACUCCCCUCAACUCUUGUAUUGACCCUGCUGAAUGAUCUUGCAUGCCCUCUGCUUCACUGGCUGACUAUUUGUUGUCUGGAGGCUGUACUCCAUCUGGUUAUAAAACCUACUUGAAAAUUGGUUCUAAACACAAUCAACAAUUCAUCCUCCAGUCUUCAGGAGAGUUUCCUUCACAGGGUAAAUAGGGUAAAAAGGGAAGCGUUCUAAAUGUACAUAUUUAUUUAUAUGUAAUUUAAUGGGUAAUGUAAAUAUGGUGCAAUCUUGAAACCUUUUUUUAAAAAAAAAGCUAGUUUACCUCUUGUAAAUAGGGUUUAGUCUUCCUGUUUUCAUAUUAUGGAGAGAUGUUUCCCUGGUAAUGGGUAAGCUAGGAUGUAAUUCCUUUUUCAUUUCUUGUACAGUUACAGCAAGAAACGUAAAACAGGGUAUUUAUGUCUGAGGUGCCGCGUGCUUGAAUGUGUGUUCUUCCUCGAGACUCACCCGACUCUUGGGGGGAGGGGGUGGGGGGGGCAGAAGCAAUAAUUAUUCUCGGUGUGAGUUGUAAGGUACUUUCUUUCGGUCAAUCCAGUGGGACAGUUUUCUUAAAACUAUUUGUCAGUGAAUUUUAAGCGAAUGGAUGUCUAGAUGCAGCUCCUGAAAUGUGGAUUUAAUGUCUCAGUUCUGUAAUAUAAUG